AGAGCCCUGCAUGCUGCGGCGCGUGUACUGUUCGCGCGUGGGGCUUUAUUGAAGACGCGUGAGCUCGUGUCCCGUCCAUCUGAGCGAGCAAGAACCUGUCAUCUGGUCAUGGAAGGCAAUAAAGGUAAAGGAGACACAGGAAUCCAGAACCCAUCCGGACAGGGGGACAAACCUGUCGGCUUCCAGUUUCUGGAGAGGAUUGGUUCCAAGCCUGCCAGCAUGCUUCCUAAAGCAGUGAAGAGGCGAGUGCACGCUUUGAAAAGGCUACAGCUACAAUGUGCCAACAUUGAAGCAAAGUUUUAUGAAGAAGUCCAUGAGCUUGAGAGGAAGUAUGCAGCACUCUAUCAACCACAUUUCGACAAGAGGAGAGAGAUUGUCACAGGCUCAGUGGAACCCACAGACGAGGAGUGCGAGUGGCACAGCGACAGAGAUGAAGAGGAGGAAUUAGCUGAGGGAGUCAAGGACAAGGUUUCUAUUGAGGACACAAAAAAAGAGGAUGCAACACCAGAGAAUGAUCCCAAGGGCAUCCCUGAGUUCUGGCUCACCAUAUUCAAAAGUGUGGACAUGCUGAGUGACAUGCUCCAGGAGCACGAUGAGCCCAUUCUGCAGCACCUGAAAGAUAUUCAAGUCAAGUUCUCUGAACCAGGGCAGCCAAUGAGUUUCACAUUAGAGUUCCACUUUGAGCCCAAUGGCUACUUCAACAACGCAGUCCUCACUAAAGUCUACAAGAUGAAGUCGGAGCCCGACUCCACAGACCCCUUUUCAUUUGAGGGCCCAGAAAUCGUCGACUGUGAAGGUUGCCAGAUCGACUGGCACAAAGGGAAGGACGUGACGGUGAAAACUAUCAAGAAGAAGCAGAAGCAUAAAGGCCGCGGCACCGUUCGCACCGUGACCAAGCAGGUUCCCAACGACUCUUUCUUCAACUUCUUCAACCCGGUCAAAGCUUCGCCUGAUGGUGAAUUGGACGAAGACUCUGAGUUCACUUUAGCCACAGACUUUGAGAUCGGCCACUUCUUCCGCGAGAGAAUAGUCCCCAGAGCCGUGCUGUAUUUCACCGGGGAAGCCCUGGAAGACGACGAGAGCUUUGAAGAGGAGGAGAUGGACGAAGGAGAUGAGGAUGGAGACGAAGAAGGCGACGAGGACGACGAUGAAGAUGAGGGAGACAUCGAUCCCACGGCAUAAGCUUAUUCCACCCAUGCAUAUGUAGAAAGAGCCACCUCAGCCUGCGGAAUGCAAACAGCAGUAACCACGGCGAACGUUGACAACGGAGACCUGCUGCCCAUCAAAUCAGAUACUGGCCACUCGGCAAGUUCCCCUUAUGAACUCUGGAUGAAACGCAAUAGGACACAACCUGCGUUUAUAUUUGUGCAUGACCGUUUCAGUUUUUUUUCUUUCUUUUUUUGUCUUGCAUUGCUGUUUUUCGUUUGCCUUCAUGACACCAGAGGCGAACACUCACACCCUGACCUCACAUUGGAGCUGCAGAGAAGAUCAAAUGCAAGUGUAGGAGAAGGUCGCAUCCCAUCUCUAGAUCUUAGGAGAAAUAAAUCAGUUACUCAGGGUUUUUUUAUGCCAACAAGCGUUAGUUUACCGGAAACCUGCUGAACAAAAUUGACUUCACUGGGGUUGUUCACUGUUUGUUUCUCUUUUGUUAUAUAUAUAUAUAUAUAUAUCUCAAAAAAUGUGUCAUUUCAUUAGCUUUUUGGUUUUUUUUUUUUUUUUUUUUUAAUAUUCACUGUCAUGUCAUUGGACUAUUUAUUCUGGUGUCAUGCCGUCGGGUGAAGUUGGUGCAUCUUAGAGCUGGACUGAACUGAAGACUGCCAAUAGUGUGAAUUGAAUUGAAAACCUUUAAAAUGAAAAGCACUUGUUCUACAGAAAGAUCCGUCUAAUGUUUCUCCCCUCGCAACACUUACCCCGACAAAUUGGACUGAUGGCCACUCUUGAAUUCUGCUGUUGCUCUAGUUUCCUUUGCCAAAAUGAAAGAUGGCGCCGCCCUCUGUUCUUUUAACGUUUGCCAAUUGUCCUUAACCUUAUGUAACUAAUGACAGCAAAGGUUUAAAUAUACAAAUAUUUCUGUUGAUGUACGAUAAUUCAGUAGAAUGUUUGUGGAAAAACUAAUGUAACACAUUGCCAAUGUAUUUUAUACUGCCCUCGGGUUUCGGUUGUCGCCUGCUCGUCAAAUGAUCCCCGCCCGCCCCUCUCCCCGGCCCCCUUCCCUUCGAGAACGUACGAUCGCAAGUCGUGUUGGACAGAGAACUCCGCGCCACCGUGUUCCAACCCUCAACAUUGGCAUGUGUGCAGCGAUGGCCUUAACUGGUUCUUAUUCACAAUUUGUUAUAUUUGCAAUAUUUCUUUUCAAUUUGUACAAAGUUAGUUAAGAUAUUCUAUUAAAGUUGUGCGACAUGGACACGGUUGUCGGUCGAAUUCUUCGGUCUUGAAACCUGUUUCCACAUCCAACAGUGUUAGUUUCCUGUCAUCCUUCAGGUUUGCUUUUGGAAUGUAACCACAACAGCGGUUAUUUCGCUAAAGAGUGGGUCACUUUUCUUCAUACUUUCCAACUUCUACAAAGAACUCUGGUAACUAGGAUGCAGGAAUUUUCUGAUGCUCUGCCAAACAUCAGGCUUUGCAUCUGAAAUGUCUGGAAUUCCUGUGAUACAAAGUGUGUACGCUGAGCUCACUGCAUUAUGGGAGAAAUAGAGCAUCUCCGCCUUUUGUGAGUUUUCCAUCCUCUGUAACUUUGCUCUCUAUCGACUCCCAUUGCCGACCUGUCACCUCCAAUACCAGAUCAGUCCUUUUGGUGAUUAAACCGUUUCUGCUGUGGUGAA